UGCUGCAAGAGGAGGCGAGCCUAUCGUUACAUAGGCUGCUUCCUUCUUUUUAUUAACGAUUUGUCUUAUUUAUCAGCAUUGUUUACUUCUUCCCGGACCGGACGAUACCUGUAUAUCCUCCUUUCAUCCAGCAGCACUUUCGUUAAUUCGUGCUUUGCCCCUAUAUUCCCCUUUAAAGUCAUAAGCCUAUGUAACCAGGCAUUGAAUCAAGCUACGUAUUUUUUAUGUAUUGAUCUGCCCUUUUAAUGUAUAUUUAAUUUUAGUGCAAUUUUUUAUCUCCUUCACCGGUCACCUCCCCUUUAUCUGAUCAUGAGGCUGUGCAGGUAUCUUCUGAAAAACACCAUCCCCAAUCAGAUUGAAUAUUAUUCCAAGUACUCUCCUUCACCCCUCUCCAUCAAGCAGUUUUUGGAUUUUGGACGCAACAAUGCUUGUGAAAAGACAUCAUACCUCUUUCUGCGUAAGGAAUUGCCUGUGCGGCUUGCAAACACCCUCAAAGAAGUGAACCUAUUGCCUGAAAGCCUACUGCAAAGGCCAUCUGUGAAGUUGGUGCGGUCCUGGUAUAUGCAGAGCUUCCUUCAGCUUUUAGAAUAUGAGCAUAAAAGCCCUGAUGAUCCCCAUGUCCUGUACGACUUUUUAAAUCUUCUUAUUCAAGUGAGAAAUAGACACAAUGAUGUCGUUCCCACCAUGGCCCAAGGAGUAAUAGAAUAUAAAGAGAAAUAUGGAUUUGACCCCUUUGUCAGCAGUAACAUUCAGUACUUUUUGGACAGAUUCUACACAAAUAGGAUCUCUUUUCGAAUGCUCAUCAACCAGCACACUUUGCUCUUUGGAGGGGACAUCAAUCCUGCUCAUCCCAAACACAUUGGUAGCAUUGAUCCUACCUGCAAUGUACCAGAAGUAGUGAAGGAUGCCUAUGAAACGGCAAAGAUGCUGUGUGAACAAUACUACCUGACUGCACCUGAGCUCAAAAUCGAAGAGUUUAAUGCUAAAGCCCCUGGUAGACCCCUUCAGGUAGUCUAUGUGCCUUCUCAUCUAUUUCACAUGCUGUUUGAACUCUUUAAGAACUCAAUGAGAGCAACUGUUGAGCUGCAUGAGGACAGAAUGGAAAGUCUGCCACCCAUAAGGACCUUGGUCACAAUGGGGAAAGAAGAUUUGUCUAUAAAGAUAAGUGAUCAAGGUGGAGGGGUGCCAUUAAGAAAGAUUGACCGUUUGUUUAAUUACAUGUACUCAACUGCCCCCAAGCCCAGCCUGGAGCCGAGCCGGGCAGUUCCUUUGGCAGGAUUUGGGUAUGGUCUGCCGAUUUCUCGGCUAUAUGCUCGAUAUUUCCAAGGAGAUCUCAAACUCUACUCCAUGGAAGGUGUAGGAACUGAUGCCGUGAUCUACCUGAAGGCUGUUUCAGGUGAAUCUUUUGAAAGGCUCCCUGUGUUCAACAAAUCGGCUUGGCGACAUUAUAAGAAUGCAGCCGAAGCAGAUGACUGGAGCAAUCCGAGCAGAGAGCCGAGGGAUGCCUCCAAAUAUAAGGCUAACUAGUACCGCAACUGCUGCCGGCACCUAGAACACGCUCGUUAUAUGCAAGGGAUUAGCUGGCAUUGUGCAACGAUGCCACAAUUAGAUAUGGGAUCUUAAUGGAUAUUUAUUUAGAAUAAUAUAGGUGGAGGUGUGCUAGUUUUGGGACUUUACCUACAACCUUCACUUCUCAUCAGGGACCCUGCUUAUAAGUUCCUGUGUAUAAUCUAUGCUUAGUUCUGUUUGGC